AUGACAACCUCCGCUCAAGAAGCGUUUCAACUGCUUCGGGAUCCUUGCGUUUCGCUCAACGCAAUUGCUCUCGGUUUUCGCAGUAAUCAAGGAUCCACCGCUGACGUUACUCGAGCGCUCGAGCCAGUAUAUACCUGUCUGAACACGCUUGCGGACGACGGAACGCUUAACUCCAAAUUAGCCAAUUACGUCUUUGAACCACUCUCUCAUAUAUUCAACCAGACUCAAAGGCUAUCCGCAAGAUGUCUAGAGCUCGCAAUUUGCUCGCUGCAGAUAUUGGUAUCUCGUGGAUGGAGUCACGAUCUUUCGCCUGUGGUUGGCAAGCAACUCAUAAUCAUGUGCACGUUGAUUGUGGCUGGACCACCGGACAAAGCCCAGCAGCCAUUAGUAUCUGAAGAACUAUGCAUUGCUGGAUUUGACUGCCUUGCUGAGCUUUUUAAAGCUUUGAGAGGUGACGUUGCCCAACAGACAAUCUUUCACGAAAUUGGCACGGCAACAAUCGUCGACCAAACCGUCUACAUCCUUCUUGAGGGUGUUGUAGAUACAAGGUCCGAUGAGAUUUGUACGAAAGCCGCUCAGGCCCUUUACGAUCUUUAUGGCCGCAUCACAGACCGCGUGGUCCUUGCCAGCAUCAUGCCACGAACCGUUUCGGCAUUGACUAAAGUUCUGAGGCCAACAACCCAAAUACGAAGAUCAUACAAGCUGCUUGAAUUGUGCCUAAAAACCCUUACGCGCAUCUUGAGAGCUGUUCUAAAUGACAAAGACGCCGCUGAUGUCGCCCCGCCCCCGUUGGGUAGCGAAAGAAUACCCCUGGAUGAAUCAUGGCUGAAGGCUACUACAACACAAAUCAAAUUGGCCUUGUUCAAUGUCGUUCAAGUCCGUCGUCAUGAUCGAACUGAAGUUCAAGAUGCCCUCUUAGAACUCUGCACGAUGGUGAUUGAACAGUGUCAGGAAACAUUGUCAGACUCCAUUCCUCUUAUGGUCGAAACGAUCGUUGUUCUGGCAUACAAAGAGGAUGAAGGAACGAAUCAUGCGUAUCAACAGCUAACUCUUCUUGGCACUACCUAUCCUUCCGUGCUGGAAUCUCUGAAGGAAUCACUGCACUCAUGGCUGACAUCAUUUACUCGAGUCAUGCAAGGCAACGACGAAAAGCACAAGCAGAGAGCACUUCGUCAAAUUUCAACGGUUUUCCAAGUGUUGUCCGACGCUCAAUCAGGAUCGAAUCUGCUUACCACUGGCUUAGCCUCCGGUCUGUGCGAUAGUUUAGGUGCUGUCAUCAAAGAAAGUACCAAGUCAACUCGACCAUUGAACCCUGAUGUGGCUCUCACGAUCAGACAAAAUGACUCACUUGUAACAUCCGGAAUAUUCCCGUCUGUUGUUCUGGAGCACCAAAGUCAACAACAGACUCUCAAGGACCUUCGCUCGUUGAUCGAUCGGUUAAAUCUAUCUAAAUAUGGCAUUGAAAUUGCUGGAUCCAUUGUGAACCGCAUUCAAGCAACUAGUGAUCACACAAUUGCACCAUUCUGGCUAGCAAUUACUUUUCUGCGGGAUAGCACCACUGUUACCGCAAGUUUCGAUGAUUUCAUCUCUCUUGAUGCUGUGGAACAAACUUCCCCGUUACCUUCCCGCGGUGAGCUGAUUGAAAAGAUGUACCACAUGUCAUUGGAAGUUCUGAACGCACAGGAAGUAGUCGGUGCUCAAGGUGACUGGCGUGUAUCAGCUCUUGCAUUAGAGGCUGUGGCACUUCAAGCUCAACAAAUCGGAAAAGCAUUCCGACCUGAGCUCAUGGAUGCGCUGUAUCCAGUACUGGAACUUAUGGCAAGUCAGAACUCGGAACUCGAACAACAUGCCAUUAUCUGCCUCAAUAUUUUGACCAAAGCUUGCAAUUAUGAAAACACAGGAUCAAUGAUCAUUGCAAAUGCAGACUAUUUGGUGAACGCAGUGGAUGCAAAACUGCGCUUCAGUGGUCCCUCGCCCUUCCCGGCAUCGGUUCUAUGGAUGAUGUUGAAUCUUUGUGGUGCCUCUUUGAUCCCAUACCUUGACGAUGUGAUUGAAACGAUAUUGAGACUCUUGGAUGAGUAUCACGGGUACCCUAUCUACGCCCGGAUUAUGUUCCGAGUCCUGAAAGCAGUUGUGGAUCAGGGAAUUCGUAAACCUUCGAUGCUUACGAUCGACGAGGGCGGCAAGCCUGGUCCUCGUGAUAACCGGAAAACUCUUUGCGAGCCUCUCUCCAUCUCAUCCGUGGUAGCCGAUAUCGCCAAACGAAAGGCCAAACGUGAUGAGCGUGCCAACGCUGAACAAAUAGAUGCUGAUGGAAAUAUCUCCCAUCCCAAGAAGCCAUGGGGUGAAACAUACGACAAACCCAAACCCGAACCCUCAAUUGAAGAGCUUCUCGACCAGGCUGAAUCCGACGAGCCACUUCCACCCCCCAAAGAGCCAGAAGAUGCGGAAAAGCCGCUUACCAAAACACACUCUCUUCUUCUACACAUCGCCAAACAAAUUCCAUUGCAUCUGACCUCACCCUCCCUUGAGCUGCGCAAAACCCUGCUCGACUUACUCACCGAGAUGAUCCCGGUACUUUCCCAGAACGAGAACAGUUUCUUGCCCUUAAUAAACGACCUCUGGCCGGCCGUCGCACAGCGCGGAGCCCCUGAUUCGGUUGGAUCAUUUACCCAAGCAGCAUCAGUCCGACCCAGACGAGUUGGGUCUGCUGACACAGAAGAAAACGUAUUGAAAGAUAUCUACGUCAACGAAGCAAGAGCCAUAACAAUAGGAAGCAUGUGUAUGGCCGCCGGGGACUUCAUGGCCUCACGUGUCGAAGCGCACUUCCCAUCAUGGAACGCCUGGUACGAAUCAAAGUGGGCGGCCAUGACUCUUCGGGCCACAAAUGGACAAACCCACUCGAAAGACCGUAUCCUGCCACCUACCGAAGUCCAACUUAAAGGCUCCGCUCCAGAUGUCGAUACUGGCACUCGCAUGAGUCUGAAGAUUCCCUUUAACCCGCGUCUCACCUUCGACGACACAUACCGCGGAGGCACUGACUUCACGGGAGACCAUCGUCACUGGCGUUCAAUGCUUCGUCUCUUCCUGGAGCUGCUUGAGUAUGUUCGCUUGCCUGUCGAGAUGGGAGACAAGAUUUGCGAGCACCUUGUCGCGUGGGUGUCGCUCUUUGUCGGGGCGGGGUACUUUUUCCGCAAGAUCAGGAAUGAAGCCCCGGAUAUCAAUCCGAUGCUAUAUUCGGUUGAGAGAGCCAUCUUGGCGAUGGAGAUCUAUAACGCCGAUCUGACGUGGUUCUUGUUCAUGAAGCACCAUCUCGAUGAGAGCUAUAGCCUGUCCGAAGUGACGGUCGAGGAGGACAUCAUGAAUGUGGCAUUGCGUGGUAAGGGUGAGGACCAGAUUAAGGUUCGACUCGCGAAGAUGAGGUUUUAG